ACCAGAUCUUGUGAUCACAGCAGACCAUGCAAGGAAUCUGACAUUCGCCGUCAUAGGCAACAAAUGCAGCAAAAGUUGUCUGCUGCAUCUUCCAUUCUUGUGUUCAGAAACUUGAAGGAAGAAGGAAAAGGCGCUGCAUUCAUCUCCUGCGCCAUCUCCUUCUCGUCUCCUCUGACAGAGUAGGCAUCAUGGCUUCCACCGCUAUGGCUGGCGUCGCCGCCAAGGCCCAGCUUGGGUUCACCAAGUCCACCUUCAGCGGCCAGAGCCUGAAGGCUUCCUCCUCUGCUGUUGCCCCUGCCGUCAGGGCCAAGGCUGGGAUCCGCGCUGCAGGUUACGAUGAGGAGCUCAAGAAGACCGCUAAGACCAUUGCCACCAAGGGCAGGGGUAUCCUGGCUAUGGAUGAGUCAAACGCAACCGCAGGGCUCCGUUUGGCUUCCAUCGGUGUUGAGAACACCGAGGAGAACCGCCGCCAGUACCGUGAGCUCCUAACCACUGCCCCCGGGUUGGGACAGUAUGUGUCUGGUGCCAUUCUCUUCGAGGAGACCCUGUACCAGUCCACCGCUGACGGCAGGAAGUUCGUGGAUGUCUUGAACGCGGAGAACAUUGUUCCUGGAAUCAAGGUUGACAAAGGUCUGGUUCCCCUCGCCGGAUCCAAUGAUGAGUCGUGGUGCCAGGGUCUGGAUGGGCUUGCUUCAAGGACAGCUGCCUACUACAAGGCUGGUGCUCGGUUUGCCAAGUGGAGAACGGUUGUGAGCAUCCCCAACGGCCCUUCCCCUCUGGCUGUGAAGGAGGCUGCCUGGGGUCUUGCCCGAUAUGCCGCCAUCUCUCAGGACAACGGCCUCGUCCCCAUUGUUGAGCCCGAGAUCCUCCUCGACGGCGACCACGACAUUGACAGGACUCUGGAGGUUGCUAUGGAUGUGUGGUCAAACACGUUCAAGUACCUGGCAGAAAACAACGUCCUCUUCGAGGGCAUCCUCCUGAAGCCUAGCAUGGUCACCCCCGGAGCCCAGCACAAGAACAGGCCCACCCCCGAGCAGGUUGCUGACUACACCCUGACCCUCCUCAGGAGACGCGUCCCCCCCGCCGUCCCUGGUAUCAUGUUCCUGUCCGGAGGACAGUCCGAGGUCGAGGCCACCCUUAACCUUAACGCCAUGAACCAGAGCCCCAACCCGUGGCACGUAUCCUUCUCAUACGCCCGUGCUCUUCAAAACUCCGUCCUGAAGACAUGGCAGGGCAAGCCCGAGAACUUCGACAAGGCCCAGCAGGCUUUGUUGAUCCGCGCCAAGGCCAACUCUUUGGCCCAGAUCGGAAAGUACAGCGAGGAGGGUGAGGCUGCUGAGGCCAAGCAGGGCAUGUACCAGGCCAACUACUCGUACUAAACAGUCUAGGAGUUGUGAGCCAGGUUGAAUGUGUUACAUCCAUACAGGUGACGUGAAUCGUUGUCGGACCUCAGGUUCAGUGUGCUUUGGGGCUUGCAAAGUGUGGCAUGUUUGGCCACCGCAGAUCAGAAAGGCACAUAAGCAUAGGGGGCUUGCCAUUCAGGCCUCUAAUCCGCGUAUGAGUACAGCCCUUGAAACUUUUGAGAUACAUAUUAGCUGCUGCCUUCAGGUCAAGGCUUUUCUAAACGCACCAUUGUGCACACUGCGCCACGUGCUAGCUGUCAAUCCGUGCAGUCAUUCACAGCACGCCAAGUUCAUUAUCUUGUUCAACUGCAAUGCCUUCAGCUCUGAUGCUACCUCAUAGCAAGGAAUUGCAGGAGGUAUGUUGCAUCCCAC